UUAAUGACUUCAAACAAGUUGCUUUUCGUCGUGUGGAGACCCGCGGGGAUGUCUGGCGCUCAUUUCUUCCAGGGCCAUCAUUGGUGUGAUGUCUUAAAGUGUACCAUGCGCUGCAUGUCCUGCACCCACACCCUGUCGCUGGUGCUGUGCGUCCUGGCGCUGACUCCGGCGGCCGUGCAGGCGGGGCCCGAGACGCUGUGUGGGGCGGAGCUCGUGGACACGCUGCAGUUUGUGUGUGGAGACAGAGGCUUUUAUUUCAGCAAGCCAACAGGUUAUGGCCCUCCUUCACGGCGGACACACAACCGUGGCAUCGUGGACGAAUGCUGCUUCCAGAGCUGUGAGCUGCGGCGACUUGAGAUGUAUUGUGCGCCAGUCAAAUCUGGUAAAACACCACGAUCUCUACGAGCGCAGCGGCAUACAGAUGUCCCAAAAACACCAAAGAAACCCGUAUCUGGUCAUAGCCACCCAUCGUGUAAGGAGGUUCAUCAGAAGAACUCGAGCCGAGGGAACGCCGGGGGGAGGAACUUCAGAAUGUAAGGGGACGGCGAUGGGAACGGCAGCGGAAAGACAAGUGGAGCUGAUGGACAGUGCAAAGCAGAGAAGAGGGAGAGAGUGCAGCUUUACUCGGUCCUCCAGGGGAGCGCUUCACUCGAACAGCAAAAAACAGGAUGAGCUCUAUGUACAAAAGCCCCUUGCAACUACAGAGAAAAUUUGACUAUUUUAUACAUUGCGCCAUUCCAUUCUGGGGAGGGAUGAAAACAAAUCUGUCAAUGCAACAAAACUAGCUGGUAAAAAAGUUAAAUAAUAGCUGUUCUUGAACUCGUGGUUGUGGGUAACUUCUUGCAAAAGAGCUGCUGGAUACUUUUCAUUGACCAAAACUGUAUUAAAGUCUACUUUGUGACCGUCUGAUGGCAGGAUGGCCGCUGGUUUGAGCCAGUGGGUCACUGGGGGGGCUGGGGAGGGGGGAGGUGUGCAAAGUUAUACAUACAGACCUUCUCAAUUAAGCGUUCAAAUCCAGUGCAAAAGAAACUACAGCCAGAGCAAGCUUCAGUCCCUUACCCGUUUAAUAAAGUGAUGCUGUCUGUGCAAGCCAUUACAAAAGCGCUACCAUAGAUGAUGAAUAUCUUUGGCUUGGGCAAGCCAAAGCUUAAGCAGAAUGACCGGAGAGCUGUCUAGACGGUAAAAUGUCGAUACAGAUGUUACGCUCACUGGACAAAAACAAUGACUGCACAUGAUGGACACUUUUUUUUUUGUGCAAGACCAGAAAACAAGGGGUUGUAACAAAGGCCUAACCGAAGGCUAUGGACUACAGCCACUUUGACAAAGACCACUAUGAUCAAUACAACCUGCAUUCAUUUAUCUUAUUAGCUUAAGGAAGAGAUAUUACUGUUUUGCUAUAACAUGCAUCAGACUGCAUGAGCGAAAAAGGACAGAUUUACAGAAGCAUUUACGCCACAUACACCAGAGAGGCCACUGUGCAAGAGCAUUCCUAUAAAAGGCUGUCGACGGGAUGCAAACCAAACCAAAUUGAUCCUCUCGGACAGCAAACGUAUCAAAUUUAGCGAGUCCAUCAUGGCUAUAUGUGCAUCUGUAAGUGCAAGACCAGUUCCCACACAAGCACUACUAAACCCUGCUCCCUCAACAUCUUCGGACUGGUUUGACCCUUUUUGUAUACAGGCUUGUGCCGAUCGUCAGGAGGAACCAGGGUGACUCUGUUUAGCCUCAUAGCGUUCUUAGAGUCCAAGGGGCUUCUCCAGGAGAUGGUGAACGCAACGUAAAUGUCUUCACAAUCUCCCUGCAUAGCGAUUGCUCUCCUGCACCUGAGAUCACGUCUCAUUGACCGCACUGUCCUCUCUGUAACUGUGUAAUCAACCAAUAUUCCUAUUUAUGUUAACCGUCACAUUCUUCUUUUCUCGUUUCCUGUCAUUAUACAUGAUGGCAUAAUAUACCAGAACCAUAUAAGAACUCUGCCCACUGUAUAAUGGUGCUAUUUUGUAGUUAAUUGCAAGGGUUUGGCUGAAAGCAGACCUGGGGAUGGUGAUGGGGAGUGGGGGGGGGGUGUUAAACUGAAGGUUGGAGGGCUUCCCUUUUGCACAGCCUUGUGGCCACCAUUCUAAUAACAUUCUUUUUUGGUUUAUUUUUAAGGUAUUUCAAUUAGGUAGUAGUGUGCGCUGUGUGAGAUCUGUGAAUGCAUGGGAAAAAAAUACUAAUGUCGUGAUCCGAAGACGGUUAGUUCCUAUUUUUUUUUUCUCUCUACCGUUUUAAAUUAUUGUUGUCUUGACUCAGUAGAGAUCCCUAUGCCAAAUAACUUGACAGAAAACACUGUGAACUUUGAGAUUCCAGUACUAUCACGGUUUUAAAACAUCCCAGUGUAGCUUUUCCUACACGUGGCAUUUUCGUAGUCAAUUUUUUGGCACUGACUUUCACAGAACAUGACAUAUUGGCGUCGAGAAAAGGAAAUGGUGCAAGACUAUCCUCUUGCUCAUUGUAGAUAAGCGUAAGACACUGAGAGUUUCUUUUCACCUCUUCUUUCUUUGGAAUCAGUUUCUGGCUCACCGCGAAGCUAUAUUAGCUGACCAGCUGGCCAUAGAUCUACUUGGCAAAGGUGAUGCCUUGCACCAUGCAAGUUGUUUCAGAAGCAUUUUUGACCUUUCCUGUCACAUAUUUAUUAACCUGGGCCAUUUUGUCAGGAAAUGAAUGCCAUCAUCGUUGUCAUCUUGCAAACUGGCACGGAAAAACACACUUAAUAUGCAAUAGUAUCUUGUUGAUGGAUGAAAUCUUGCUAUGUAGUCAUAUUUUCAGCCAGAAAACCGUACAGAUUAUUCAUUUCAAAAAGUAACGCGCGCCCUGAGUGAUCUCACCAGGGAAUCAUUGCUUCAGUACGCUUUUAUUAUGUGAACUAUUCCGCUUGAGAAUUUUAAUCCAUUUACAAUAAGUAGUUUACAAUAAAGAACUGUUUGCAAUAAAUUAUAGAUAUUUACAGAUAUUUAUGCAGCAUGUAGACUUUCCAGAGCCGAUCGAGAAAAUCAAGAGCAUAAUUUCAAGUCCAUUUGUUGUGUUUCGUAUGUUUAUCUUUUUCGGCGUGUGCAUACAGAUGCGUUAUCAUGUCAGCUAGCAGAGAAACCAGUAACAAUAAAUGUAAAAUUAUAGAAAGAGCUCUAUUCAAUCGCCUCAAUUCAGCCACAGUAUUCAUAUCUUAUGUGUACAUGCAAGCAUGUGUGGGGCUGACACAGUCAAAUACGCUAUGCAGCAAAAUACAAGCUCCUCACUACGAUACCAAAGAUUUUGACUAUCUGGGAGUCUAAAAUCCCCGAUCGUUGCAAAUUUUACUUUUACCUUGGGUGUUUUUUGGUGCCCAUUCAGCCCUAUUAAACCUGUACUGUAAGUGGAAUAAGGUAGGCUUAUUCCCCAAGUUGACUGGCUACUACGGAACUCCUGACUCUAGAAAAACCGUCUCAUAAAUCUGACGUUUAAGAGAAUGUAAGGGUUCUCACUGAUGGAGAUGGUGCUUCAAAAACUGUACAGUACAAUGCUAUUGUUGUCAGUUAUCAUGCUUUAACACUUCCCACAUAAAAGGAGUAGCUGUAGACACCAACACAAACACGGAAUUGGUCACAACAUGUAGACUUUGAGGUAACGUUUGUAACAUUUAUCAUCGAGAAUUUCAUUUUUUUUUUAAUUGUGAGCUUCCAUGACUGGUGCUGAACUGCCUUCUGUAUACAAUAUGGAAAUUAGUGACAGAUUGUUUCACCAUUCCUGCUGAAUAAACCACUUGUCGAUAUUCAAA